UUCAAUUCAUCGAGAUCUCCCAGGGCAAGACAAUCGGAUUCCGGUUGCUUAUAGUCUGUCUCUCUUCCAUACGUGACCAGUUUCAGUAUUCCGCACGCAGGACAACGCCACUUUUUUUUCGGGAUAUAAUGUGCCCCCCCCCCCCGGGAAAUUCCAAUAUAUUCCACCUUCCCGGUCUCUGUGGUAUUUCACACACCGGACUCUACCUGGCAUCGACCGGAUUCAACAGACGGAGAGAAAUUAGUUCUCGGUUGUCUCUUUUUCUCUCUCCCCCCUCUCCCUCCCGCAACCCAGCGCUGUUUUGUCCAGGUCUGUGCCUCUCCCCAGUAACCGUGGAAAAAAAAAAAAAAAGAGAAAGAAAUACGAGCCAGGUCAGGACUCUGCGUUUUAAAACGGACUGGUUGGCGAUGCUUGUUGGCCUGGAACCAAAACAAAUACUCAAUUUAAUUAAUAAUUAUAAUAGCAGUUGCUCGGGCCUUUCAUAGUAUCCUGUACUCCUUUGACCAGAAGCGGAGUUGGAGCUGAUGGAUGUUUGGCUCUUGAAUGAAUGGAGCUCUUUAUACAUACAGAGAAUAUUUGACUCCCCAAUCUGGAAUACAAAACUAGAUCUGUUCAUUUAUUGAGUAGGGGGAGAAAAAAACCCCACCAACAACAACACACACACACAAAAAAAAAAACCCAUGUCACAACCAGAUGUAAACGCAAAUCCUGUAUCGAUCUGUCCGCUGUUUCGUGAAGCUUUCGGACGUGGACGUCUGCCCCCCGACUCCAGCGUCUUUAUCCUCCCAAGCACACGACGGGGGCUGUGUUUCUCGCCUGCACCGCUCCGGAACCCGAAAAGUCUUCCUAUCCCGCUGUCGGCUCCGUCCGUCUCCUGGACGCGUCUGUCUGUGUGUGUGUGUGUAGCGCCGGGGUCCACACGGAUGUCACCCUGUUCGGCCAGCCCUCCCCAACCCACCCCUGCCCAUAAAUUGGAGCCCCGUCCUUUGUGAGGAACGAUCUACCUGGCGGGGUCCCAAAGCAGGUCAGUGCCACCGCUCCUAUCCUCCGGCUCGGGAAUCUGUUAUCCUCAUUUGAAGAAGUGAAAAUACGAACGGUCAGCGGGUUUUUGUUUGUUUCUUUGCACCGUCUACCAGGACCCCUCCACUAUAUAUAUUUUGAAAUGUGCGAGUACGGUGUCUCUUUCAGCGGCACUAAAUUACGUGAAAUGCUCGACGGCCGGACCAGCGAAAUAUCCCAUGCCUCUUUCCCGCAGUCCUCAAAAUUCCUCUCUGGAAUUGAAAUUAUAUAACUGGAGAAAGUGAUGGAGCAUUUUUAUUGGAUUUUUUGGGCUUCCUGGCUUGAUCCCUUGAGGCGGCUCCCCAUCCCCUUGUGCGGCAGCUACCACGGCAGGAUUGUAGGCUCCCCUCCCCGUCUCCGUCUCCGGAUUGUGCAGGAGGUCUGGCGGCGGCUCCAGCCGGGACUGACAGCACGGGCUGAGCGAGCGCUCGGCGCAGAACCUCUCUCCUCGAGUUCUCAGCCAUCUGAUUGGCUGCCGGGACAAAAGUUUCUGUGGAGACGGCCGAGUCGUGACGUCACAGAAAGAAUUGUCCCAUUUAGGGAUCCAGGGCAGUGCGCAUGCUUCUCCUGGCAGGUUGGUUCGUGGGAUCCCUCGUGCGAGGCAGGCAGGCAGGCAGGCAGGCAGCACUGCGCUGGCAAGACAGCGAGGUGGCAGAAAGGAGCGAAAAUGCAGCCUGUCUUUCUGGACGGUCGGCUGUCCUGUGAGCUGUGGCACUCUGCAGCCCUCCCACAUGUUCUCGGUACGUGUCCUCUCUCUCUACUUGUAUCCUGAACCUUCCAGUCCUGCGCAGAGAAGACCAUGAGGGGAUCGGAUACGAAUAUUCAGAGACACUGACGGAAAGUCAAACCGGUGGAUUUCUCCGGAGCAAAUGGUAAAGCACAAACCGGAGGACACUACGUGGAAGUGCAUUUAAUCCUGAGAGCUAAAGGCACUUCCUUGCCCGGAGAGUAGCGAGAGUCUGGAGCAGGUUACCCAGCCAUGUUAUUGAAGUCGAGACCCUGUCCUUUUUCAAGAAACAGCGGGAUAAGAUGGUUGGUCCAAUCAACUAACAACUAGAUGGGCCAGAUGACCUUCUCUGAUUUGUAACCUUAUGUUCUUAGAUAGCGGAGCACGUACAGAAAUGAGAUGCUUGAGCAGGGAAGGCAGGUUCAUUCUGAAGCCGACAGGAAGCCAAGCACACACUCGAAGUGUCCCACAUGGAUGAGGACACUGCAGAGCAGUUGUUUACCCACAGGCGACAGAUCGCACGCAAAACAAUAACCACCGUUCUGAACGGAUACGGCUUCUGAUCGUCUGUUGGAGAGGCACGCCACGUCCUGUGAACGAGAGCUUUUGCCGGCACAUAUUUGUUGAGCUCUCGGAUGACACUGGUGUGACUGAGCUCCAGACUGCCCCUGCUCAGCGAUGACUGUCAGGUUCCCGUUAAUCAGCAGAAUGAUUGAGGACCGUGGACGAAGGGGCAAUACCAUGGCAGACAGAAGACAGCUGUUUGCAGAAAUGCGAGCACAAGAUUUGGAUCGCAUUCGAUUAUCAACCUACAGAACAGCGUGCAAGCUCAGAUUUGUUCAAAAGAAAUGCAACUUACACCUGGUUGACGUUUGGAAUGUUAUCGAGGCCUUCCGAGAAAAUGGUCUGAACACAAUGGAUCCCAACGCGGAGAUCACUGUGGCUCGCCUGGAAGCAAUACUGUCCACCAUUUUCUACCAGCUGAACAAGCGCAUGCCGACCACUCACCAGAUCAACGUGGAGCAGUCCAUUAGCCUGCUGCUCAACUUCCUGCUGGCGGCGUACGACCCGGAAGGCCAUGGCAAAAUCUCAGUCUUCGCUGUGAAGAUGGCUUUGGGAACAAUUUGUGGAGGAAAGAUAUUAGACAAAUUAAGGUAUAUUUUCCCACACAUUGCUGAUGCCGGAGGGGCGAUGAUAUGUUCGAAGUUUGACCUGUUCUUGAGGGAGGUGCUGAAACUGCCCACCACAGUCUUUGAGGGACCUUCCUUUGGUUACACUGAACAGGCUGCCAGGUCCUGCUUUGCACAGCAGAAAAGGGUUACCCUCAACGUUUUCCUGGACUCAGUUGUGUCUGAUCCACCUCCUCAGUGUCUGGUCUGGCUACCACUCAUGCAUCGACUGGCAAAUGUAGAAAAUGUCUUUCACCCCGUGGAGUGCUCGUACUGCCACAGCGAGAGUAUGAUGGGGUUCCGCUAUCGGUGCCAGCAGUGUCAUAAUUACCAGCUUUGUCAGGACUGUUUCUGGAGGGGCCAUGCGAGUGGUUCCCAUAGCAACCAGCACCAAAUGAAGGAGUACACAUCAUGGAAAUCUCCUGCUAAGAAGCUAACUAACGCACUUAGCAAGUCCCUAAGCUGUGCUUCCAGUCGUGAGCCUUUGCACCCAAUGUUCCCUGACCAGCCUGAGAAACCUCUAAACCUGGCCCACAUUGUCGAUACUUGGCCGCCGAGACCCGUAAACAGCAUGAAUGACUCCAUGUUCUCUCACUCAGUUCCCACCUCAGGAAGCCCUUUCACAAGUAAAAGGUGUGAGGGUGCAAACCACCCCAGUCCCGUGACUGAUGAAGCAGAUGGUGAUGAGCAUGCUCUAAUAAACCUGUAUGUAAGUCAGCUAACCAGCGACUCACGCUUACCUUACACCAAGAACGACGAAGUAGAGCAGAGCAAACUCUUGGUCAGAGCUGCCCCGUCUCUGCUGAAGGGGAAGGGGUUAAACUACAGCCUAGAUGUUGCCGAUAGACUGGCUGAUGAACAUGUGCUCAUCGGGCUGUAUGUCAAUCUGCUCCACAGAAAUCCCACACACAUGCUGGAGGGCUCCAGCCGCCUGGACGAGGAACACAGGCUCAUCGCGCGAUACGCCGCUCGGCUCGCCGCGGACGCCGCCUCAUCGCAACAAGCUCAACAGCAAAAGGCUGCUUCAGAAAUUGCCUUCACUCUUGAUGCGAACAAACAGCAGCGGCAGCUCAUUGCGGAACUGGAAAACAAGAACAGGGAGAUACUGCAAGAGAUCCAGCGGCUGCGUCUGGAACAUGAGCAGGCCUCCCAGCCCACGCCAGAGAAGGCCCAGCAGAACCCUACCCUUCUGGCUGAGCUGCGGCUCCUCAGGCAGCGCAAGGACGAGCUGGAGCAGAGGAUGUCCGCCCUGCAGGAGAGCCGCCGGGAGCUCAUGGUGCAGCUUGAGGGGCUGAUGAAGCUGCUGAAGGAGGAAGAGAUGAAGCAAACUACCCAGGGCGCCGGCUCGCCGCGCUCCUCGCCCAGCCACACCGUCAGCAGGCCCAUCCCCAUGCCGGUGCGCUCCUCCUCGGCCUGCUCCACGCCGACCCACACGCCUCAGGACUCCCUCACCGGCGUGGGAGGGGACGUGCAGGAGGCCUUUGCUCAGGGCUCCAGGAGGAACUUGAGAAACGACCUGCUGGUGGCAGCCGACUCCAUCACCAACACCAUGUCGUCUCUUGUCAAGGAGCUGCACUCGGAGGCCGGAAGCGAGACGGAGAGCAACGUGGACUCCGAAUUCGGGCGCACGCCCCUGGAUGAUCUGGUGCCCUCGCCCACCUCGGAGAAGGCCUUCCUUGCACAGAUUCACGCCAGAAAACCAGGGUACCACCCCAGCACCACGGCAGCGAGCACCAUCCGCAGCGACAUUGGCGCCGAAGACGGAGACUCCUUCGUGCGGACGGAGGACGAGAGCUACGAGAACGACUCAGUGCGCCAGCUGGAGAACGAGCUGAAGAUGGAGGAGUACCUGAAACAGAGCCGGCAGGAGAAAGCCUACAUGGUGAGCUACAGCCAAACCGACGAGGAGAGCUACGUGAGGACGGACGACGAGGAGAGCUGUAUCCGCACGGACGACGAAGAGGGCCUGCUGGCCCAGAGCGAGGAGUGGAAUGAACACAUGCGCCGUCUCUUGAACAGCAGAGCCUGCGGCAGCUCGGACAACUAGAGCACUGUAACUUCUCAAGAUUGUAGUUAGUUGUGUGUUUUAAACAAAUCGAAGCUUUUCUUUUAACGCUGUUCCUUUUUUAAUAACAGCAUCUUCAGUAUCAUCAUUCAUUCAAGCCAACAGGACAAGAAACACAAAAGAGCAGGUCAGGUGCUGUUGUUUUAAACAAUUGCAGUAUUAUUAUAAUCGUUAUAAUGGUUGCUAUUACAGUUACUCUUCAGAUUAGUACUUAGUUAUUUUGCACACACUGUAUACAAUCAAUGCUUGGUUUACAUCUGAAACACUAGUAUCCUUUCCAAAUAGAAAAGCUUUUUUUAGUUUUUUUUUUAAUAGAACAAGUUGUAAUACUUACAGUAGGUACACUUUAAAAAUCAUCCGUGUGCAUAUUUCAGAUCCAAAACGACACAACACAGUUCAAGUAAAAAGCUUUUCUUUACAUUUCAUCACAAGACUCUUUGCCUAAGAUAGUUCAAAGUAUAACCAAGGACCCAAUCCAGAAUUUAGAAUAGAACCGUUUUUAUUACAGCUACUCAGCCAUAUUGUUCUUGUAAAUAUAUAUAUUUUUGCCUGAUACAGAAUUUCAAACAUGAACUAGUGACACUGCUAAAAAUAAAUUAUAUAUGUAAAAAUCUAGUUUUUAAUCCACAACAUAUCGAAGUGAAAACUGUGAACCAGUCUGGAGAAUCUCAAUAACAGAGCUGUCUAUAUACCACAGGUGCCAUAAAAUCCAAUUGACUUUGAGAAUUAGUGUUCAAUCUUCCAUUUUGUCUUUUGGGUUGGUGUUUUUUAUUGUUGAUCCAAGCAUGUGUAAAGAAAAGGGGAUAAUAGAUAUUAGACGUACAUUGUUUUGAAGCAUACAGCUUUAUUUUUUAGUGUAAAAGUGAACUUGCUGUUCUGUUUUUUUUUUUAAAUUAUUUUCAACUGUGUGCACUGCCUACGAUUCCCAUAGGGCCCUGCAUGUUCUUUACUGUGCGAUAUUGCACAGUUGCUCAUGGGAGUUUGGACUAGCCAAAAGAAGCAAAGGUAACAAUAGAUGUAUAACUAUAAGAUUAUAAGAGCUGACAUUUAAAAUACGCCACUGAUUUAAUAAGCUUUUUAAAGCCAUGGAGAUAUUGGAAUUGGUAUUCAAGGCAUUGAAACGGGUCUUUUCAGUUCUUCAUUUCACUGCAUCUCUGAAGAAGACAUUAAAUAACAGUUCACGUUCAUUCUUUUUUUAAUUUGAGCAGAGAAAUUUGAACACAGAAUUUCAAAUGGUCUUUACAGGUUUCGAGGUUGGAUUGUUGGUACUGACAGUCGUAUGCCACUUUGAACAGUGACAGGGAAUACAGAUGUUGUGUGUGUUGACAGCACUGGAAAUUCUUUACAUUUGAAAUGCAUCUGAUCUUGACUUUUUUUAAGUAAACAAGAGCAACAUAAACCAAGGAACAGUGUUCUGUAAGCGCUUUUAUGGUAACCUCCGGAAGAAUGCUCUUAAAAUGAGUUACUGGAUUGUUAGAAACCUGAAUGAAUAUUUGAAUUUUGUUUUAGUGAUGUCUUUGGUUGACAAAUAGUGCUGAGUCUGUUUUCAAGGGUCCUCUUCACAAAAUGAUCACAAGUAACUACUAUACUUCAGAAUAUGGGCUUGAACUAGAGGCACACUAUUUCCACAUUUAUAGUAAUUGUGGUCAUAUAUAGUUAUAUAUAGUAUUUAUAGGAAAGAAGCUCUUAUAAUCUAAAAACUGACAAGACACUCUGACUGCUUCAGUGAUGGUUUCAGAGAGGUUACAUUUUCUCAAACAUAACUUGGACAUGACGCACACAGUUUUCUUACCAAGCCAAACCAUUUUUUUCACUUGAUGGAGAUGCAGACCUUUCGCUUCCACCUCACUCUCCUGAGUGAGGAGACUAAAUGAAGAUAUCGGAUACAGAAGUGCUUGUUCAAGCUCAUCUGAAGCAGGGCAUCCACAUUCAGCAUUUAAAUCAGUUUGUUGUACGUCACCAAUGUCUCGGUGUGCUAAAAUAAGAGGAUUGUUGAAUGUUCUUGUUUUCUGUGUUUGGUUUGUAUUUGAAUAGAGGUGUGCUUCUGACCCAGUUAAAAUUGUGCUUCACUCCUCUUGCAAAGCCAAGGGCCUAAGCGGCUGUACGAAUCUGUUCUCUUACAGAAAUGGAACCUGCACGGUCGGGCAUGUUCCAAUACUAUAUGUGCCAUUUUGCAACCCUCACUUUACAAUUCAGCCUUAAAUUUCAUUCUUGUGUUGCUACACAGAGCAGGGCACUUGUGAGUUAGUAAAACCUAAAUGGAAUGAUAGCACAGGAGUAUGAUACCAGUUGACUCAGGAUAAAUACCCACAGCAUAUAUAGCUAAAUCAGUUUAAAAAACAUUUCCUCACUUUGCAUGGAUGUUUAUUUCUUAACUUUUUUUGUUAGACUGUAACAUAUUUUGAAGCAGGAGCAGAGGAAAAAGACAUUUAUAAUUGCUCUGACGUAAUUGUAUGUUGUAGUAUUGAAGUACGUUUCCAGCAUAUAAGUAUGUACAUUUCUUUCAGUUACCUGUGUCAGUUACGGCACCAUUCUCACACAUAGAGAAGGAGAAGGGUAAAAAUAAUAACCUUCGAUUUCAUCUGUUCACUGAAUUAUGCCUUUUUUUUCUUUGUCCUACAAGAGCCCUUUGUACAAAGCAAAAGAAAAAUCUCAGAAAAUACAGAAGAGUUUCUAUUGUAAAACCUUACACAUGUACAGAUAUGUACACACUGGCUGAAGUUUGCACAUCCCUUGUAAAUAAUGAGAAAAUGUUCAUUCUCUGGUUAAUAAAUAACAGUGAUGAUGCGCGUAAAGCAAACAAACUGAUGUUUAUGCAUAUUUGAAAAAAUCAAUCGAAAGUCCAAGGACAAAUUUCUGUAACGGGUAUAGAAACUUUCACUGUCUAUAACUGUAAAUAGGUAAAGGAAAUCUUUCUAAUCGAGACCCCCUAGGACAACAGUAGCUGUUGGUAUUGCAACAACAGUAUUGGGCCUCACAGCAACACCUUGUUGUCACUUUAGGAUAAAGGAUCUUUUUAACAGCUCCCUGGACUAGAGUGCAGGAGGAGUGUGUAAUAGGGAGCUGGCAGGUAGUUUGACGUUCAGCCUGUUACACUUGCAUUUCUGCCAAUGUACUGUAUAUUCACGCCUGCAGCAGCCUGAUGUCCUGCUCGGGGUGUGACUGGAGAUGGAACUCUGUCCAUCUCUCUUGCCCUUCCUGUGCCCUGUCAGCAAAGGACUGGGUGUUUGGAGUUUCAAUAUAUGGUCAGGGACAAUUGUUUUAAGGCACUGUCUAUCUGUCUGUCGCCCGCAGUUCUUUUGGUUAUAAACACAAUUAGCCAUACGAAGACUCCAAAGCUUUCACUAUGUAAGCAACAGCUAGUUCUUGUUUAAACCGAUAAUUAGAAAUAUACUUAGAGAGCUAAAUUAGGGACUUUCACCACUGGUUGUGUUCAAGGUUGACUUUCUCGUGGAAGGAAAUGACACAAGGGUGACGUGGAUGUGAAGUUCAUUUGAUGAAGAGCUCAGUUUGUUAAAGAAACAGCUUACCAGGCAGGAGACAAUAUAUGCAACGUGUGUGGCAGGGUGUCCUGGAAUGUAAUUCAUUCAGAGCAGAUAAGUAGAGACGUUUUAAGGUUCUUUUUUUAUUGGAUGCAAUUUCAUACACUUUCAAAUAUGGAAAAUUCCUCUUAACGGGAGUCCGUUGCCUUUUAAAGUGAUAACCUUGUGUGUUCGGUCCUGCAUGUAUCAGAUGAAUACGGAAAGCCCAUAUCCUUGAAUCGAGUAACAAACGCAAAUACAAAUGCACAGUUUUCACAUGCGCGGUUCAAUAAGUCUUUCAAAUGAACGUUGCUGUCACCCUGAACAGGGUUUUCUGCUGUGUGCCGUCUGCUCGAGAAAGGGGUUUCAGAGCAGAGGUGUCCUGUGCUGGGAUGGGGCGGGACCAGUGUGUGCAGGUUCUCAUCACAACUCAGCUCCUAAUGAGCUAAACUCAGCUGCUUGUUGGCCUAACUGGACCAGUUGAACAGCGUGUCCAAGCUCUAGGUUCUGCUGCGUUCAGAGACCUUGAAAGCCUAAAGAGCCAUUGGCCCUGCAGGACCAGAACUGGACACUCCUGCCGCAGGGCUGUGGCGACUGAGUCUUUGUUGGGAAUGGUACGACUUCUCUUACAGUACGAAAGGCUGAGAGUCUGUUUGGAGCCACAGACAAGUAGCUGUGUCCAGGGAGGCUCUUAGUCUUGGGAAGCGGGGAGCAGAUGGGAACUAUCUGCACACAGCCUGGCUCUGCCCAUCUUUCAGUACACUGUGGCCGUGUCUAGGUCUGCCUAACUCGGAGGCCAGACCCCUUAUUUAUUUUCUGUGUUUUCUUUCUCCCCGUUUUUCAUAAGAUCACGCCUGUAGUGUUGUUGUGUAAAUACUGCGAAUCAUGGUUGCAGGAAUGGAAGAAAAAAAAAAGCUUACAGAUAAAAAUAUGGUUCACUCAGCUGAAAUAAGCUGUAUGUACGAAACCGCCUUUGUCCUGAAUAUUAAGGGCAUUGUAUUCUGAACCAAAAAUGUAAAAACUGUCCAGUCACCAUGACUAACUAUACGAAACCUUUUAACGUUACUACUGUACUUGACACCACUAGAAGUAAUAUACUAAGUGUGGAAACACUAAAUAAUUCUGAUUUCACAUCAUUCAUUGGUAUUGUAAUAGAACUACUGAUGUCUGUUUUGUAUUGUUGUUAAGUAUUGUUUUUUUGUGUGUUGGAAACAACUGGGACAUGUUAUAUUUUGAAGUGAUUAAAAUAUUUAACUGUGUGUCUGUAUUUUGGAAUGGAAUUAUUACUUCAUUAAAAAGAGGAUUUUUAAAAA